AUGGUGCUCUCAGAAGAUGAGGUCUCACGCCAUAAUACGCGCUCAUCCUGCUGGGUCAUCAUUCGUGGCGAGGCUUAUGACAUGACUGACUUCCUCGACCAGCAUCCCGCUGGACCAGAGAUUAUUUUAAAAUAUGCGGGGAAAGAUGCAACCGAAGAAUUUGUAAGGCUGCUAUUCCUGUCACAAAAGUCCUCUGUCAACUUGGUCGAGCCUGUCCAUCGCGAUGGGUUGCUUGAAGAAACCCUUUCCCAGGACAAACAGCUCGGGCCCGUCCAAAUGCUCCGAGAGCCCGCCAAUAGGUUGGCUGUGGUACAACAUCAAAUCGAAGACAAGGCUCUAGAGCCAAAAGUCCCCUUGCAGCAAUUGCGCAUGAGGUCUCUGACAGAAAUGCCAAUGAAGGAUAUCUGUAAGAAGAAGUUAACGCAGCGAGCGUGGACAUAUUUCUCUUCUGCUGCGGAUGACUCUUUAUCUGAUGAACUCAAUCAGAAAGUUUUUCGCCAUGUACUCUUCCGUCCGAGGGUGAUGCGAAACGUCAAGGACCUUGAUCUGUCUACAACAAUUCUUGGACAACACUCGUCCCUUCCAGUGUUUAUUGCGCCUGCUGCACUGGCAAAACUCGCUCAUCCAGAUGGUGAAUGUGGCCUAGCACGUGGCGCCGGCGAAACUGGCAUAAUUCAGAUCGUAUCAUCCAGUGCAUCUAUGACCCCCGAGGCCAUUGCCUCCAGCAGGGUGACAGACACCCAAUGCCAGUUCUACCAGCUCUAUGUAGUUUCGGAACGGCAUAAAACGGAGGCUAUUCUCCGUCGUGUCAAGCAAGCUGGCUACAAAGGGCUUGUAGUUACCGUUGACACUGCUGUGCUAGGAAAACGCGAGCUUGACGAGCGAUACAAAGCUACCCUAAUCUCCGAGACAGAUGAGAAACCGAAGCCUUUGGGGUUCACACACGGCGGAUGGCUGACGCCAACCCUCUGCUGGGAUGAUCUCCAGUGGAUCCGCGGGAUCUGGGAUGGGCCCAUCGCUGUCAAGGGGAUCAUGACCGCAGAGGACGCAUUGAUAGCGGCACAGCACGGCGUUCAAGCCAUAUACCUGUCAAACCAUGGAGGCAGACAGCUGGACACAUCUCCACCAUCGUUAAUGACGCUGCUGGAGAUCCGCAGGUACUGUCCGGACAUCAUUGAGAAGGUGGAGAUUUUCCUGGACGGGGGUUUCAGAAGAGGAAAUGAUGUGAUCAAAGCAUUGGCCCUAGGAGCCAGGGCUUGUGGGAUAGGGAGGCCAUUCAUGUACGCCCUGGGUGCGUAUGGGCAUGAAGGAGUGGUUAGGGCAGUUGAUGUCCUGCGGAGAGAACUUGAGAUUGGCAUGAGGCUCGCUGGUGUGACCCGCAUAGAUGAGCUUACGCCUGACCAUGUCAAUACUAAAUGGCUCGAUAUGAUGGUUGCGGAACCGGCAGUAUUCCGAUUAGCCAAUCUAUGA